GCAGCCAUGUCAUAUAGUGUAGCUCUCACGGCGACUCUACCUGUUGAAAUUCGCCUGUCAAGCGGGGCGUGUUGGGUUCAAAUAAAACAGCAAUUAGCUCAAUAGAUGCUGCUGGUGCGAAUAAGCUAAUUGACAGCAGGUGCGCGUUGGCAAGUGAAGUAGUCUAUACGACAGGCUAAACUGGAGACGCUCCACUCCUUCCCUUCUUCAGCAGCCACUCUUAUAGUCAUCAUUUUUGAAAGCUAUACACUAAAUAUUAUAAUGCUGUCCUCAAUUAUAGUACCGCUUAUUGGUGUCAUAGUAGACGUGGGCUGGAUAACCCCAUUUUUAUCUUUUCUAUUCCUAUUUAUCGUAUACCGCGUCGUUUAUGCGCUCUAUAUAUCUCCUUUGCGCCAUCUUCCCGGUCCAUUUCUUGCACGUCUUACGGGCGCAUACUCCAUCAUACUUGGAUUAACUGGCAGACUGGUGGAGAUAGCACUUAGUGACUAUGACAAGUAUGGCGAUAUCUAUGUGCGAGGGCCAAACAACGUCGUUAUUUCCAAUCCCUCAGAUGCCCGUCGCAUCCUCGGGACGCACUCAUUUCCCAAGUCCGAUCAUUUCAAGGCCAUGGAUGUACUGAACGAGCAGAAUAGUCUCAGUGGACGCGAUAUCGGCUUUGUCAAAAUGCGCAAACGCCAAACUGGGCAGUACUUUAACUCGGCCUAUCUCGCACGCAUGGAGGAGGCGAUACUAACCUACGGAAUCCGUGCAAUCAAGGAAAAUGGCAAUGGUACUGUCGAAAUCAAUUACGGGAACGACUUUCUUCUGGCAACCUUCGAUACCAUCAGUGGCCUCGCCUUUGGCCGCAAAUUCAACUCACUGAAAAAUGACGACUACUCAUUCUGCUACCAGGCGAGGGACGCAAACCUGUUUCUGGGGAUAUGCGGUGUACUGCCCCUCCUCAAGUACUAUCCGUUCUCGUUUGGUGUUCAACGCCUGCGGACACAGUUUGGUCGGGUUAUGGAGAUCGCCGACGGGUCAAUUAAACACAGAAGGAGCAGUGUCGCGAAUGGGGAAGCAAAACCAGCAGACCUUCUCCAGGCAUUCAUUGAUGCAGAGGACCCCAAAUCGAAGAUCCGAAUGAGCAAUGUCCAGAUCCAGGGAGAGUCAUUCAUGUUCACACUUGCUGGCGCAGCGCCAUCGGCUUUGACGCUGACAUGGAUUAUGCAGCUAUUGAUGCUGCACCCUGAAAUCCGUGCUAGAGCCGUUGACGAGGUCCGUACCCAAUUUACAGGCGACCAUCUUGUCAGCUUUGCCGAUGCAAGAAAGUCGCUACCAUAUAUUGAGGCGUGCGUGCUUGAAGCUCAGCGUUUGAUCCCUGUCGUUGCUACACGUAACCCACGCGUCACACCACCUUCUGGAAUCACAUUGCAGAACCAUUUUAUUCCAGGCGGUACGGUGAUUAGUGUCUGCCCUCAUGGGUUAUCGAAGAACAAGGGAGUUUGGAAAGAUCCGUUCAAGUUCGACCCGGAGCGAUUCUUGGACAACGAAGAUGCCCGCCGCAACUUUUUUGGGUUCAGUUAUGGCGUCAGAACCUGCACUGGCAAGCAACUGGCAAUGAUGGAACUGCUUACAAUUACUUCUAAUAUCCUCAAGGAUUAUGACCUGUCCCUCCCGUCGGACUAUACGCACCUCGGCCCAGAUAUUAAGGAUAAAAACGGAUACCCGAAAGUUAUGGAUUAUAUAGCCUACAUGGUUAUUUCUCCGACCAAUGUGGAUCGUGACUGCCGAAUUAAUGUCUCGAAACGCUCGCCGUAGAUUAGAUACCAACUGAUAGGUCAAUCUAGAAUAGUUACGUGUUGGGGAUUGAUGCUGCUAUAUGUGCAACCAUACAUUCUGAAGAAGC